UAGUUCUUUCUGCAAAAAGAAGAAGAAGAAGACAAGCUUUUGCCCUACCCCUCUGUAUCAUCCGCUAUUUUUCGGUAUUCAAUUCAUCCAUCAACAAUUCUAUAUUGAAUUUGUCGUCAACAACGUUUUCGUACUUUUUGUUCUGAAUCAUCCAUCCGAAUCAAAACCAUUUCAUCCUGAAUUACUUUCUGGGCAUAAGUUCCCAAGCUAAGACGCAAUUGUAACGAAAUAGAGCGGCUUUGUUUUUUUAUACGAUUCCUCUGCUCAAGCUUUUCUCGCGUUUUGUCCAUGGAAGCCGUUUCCCUUUCUCACACUGGUUUUUCGCUUCCUCUUCAUCGCUAUGGCUACCAUGAGCUUGGGCUUUCCAGCGCUUCAUUUUCUUUGCUGCCGAUGAAUGUGUAUAGGGGACUUCGAUAUAGUUCCUCUCUCCAUGAACAAGCAAAUUUGAGAAAAGCUGCUCAACAUUAUUGCUACUCAUCCGUCAUCAGAAAAUGUGUUGGUGUCUCUUCGUGUUAUCUUACUCCAAAUGAGAAUCCAUACAACCUGUUUAGUGGAAAAAGAAACCCCCGGUCUAUUAUUGUUAGGUCAGAACUUGCAAAAAUGGGAACUCAUGAAGUUGGUUAUCCAUUAUCAGAAGUACCAUUGAGCUCAAAAAUAAGAGGAACGUGCUUUUAUGCUACUACUGCAAUCACUGCUAUUUUUCUCUUUAUGCUUAUGUUGGUGGUGCAUCCAAUUGUGUUAUUGACGGAUAGAUACCGCAGAAGAAUUCAUUAUACAAUUGCCAAAAUGUGGGCAAGUUUGACUGUUGCUCCAUUUUUUAGGAUCAAAUACGAAGGAUUGGAGAAUUUACCCGCUCCAAAUUCUCCUGCUGUAUAUGUUUCCAACCAUCAGAGCUUUCUUGACAUAUAUACACUUCUUACCCUUGGCAGAAGCUUUAAGUUCAUUAGCAAGACUGCAAUAUUUCUCUUUCCCAUUAUUGGUUGGGCUAUGUUUAUGAUGGGUGUCAUUCCUUUGAAGCGUAUGGAUAGCAGAAGCCAGUUGGACUGUCUGAAGCGAUGCAUGGAGCUUAUAAGGAAGGGUGCAUCUGUAUUUUUCUUUCCAGAGGGAACACGUACUAAAGAUGGAAAAUUAGGUGCUUUCAAGAAAGGAGCAUUCAGUGUUGCAGCAAAGACGAAAGUGCCUGUUGUACCGAUUACACUCGUAGGAACUGGUAGCAUUAUGCCAGCAGGAUCUGAAGGCAUCUUGAAUAUAGGAUCUGUGAAAGUUCUUAUCCAUAAGCCUGUGAUCGGACGUGAUCCAGAAGCAUUGUGCAAUGAAGCUAGGAGUGUAAUUGCUGAUGCACUGAGUAAGCAUGCUCAGGUCUCUUCCAGUGAAAAUGAUUUUUGACUUCAUUACUCAGAUUUCAGUUACCUGAUGUGGAAUAUUUGUAUUUUUGAUAAGUCCUAAAAAAAUUGGAAUCAAAGUGAGCCAAGAAGAAGUUCCAUAAUGUCUUGAUGGAAGAAGAGUGAGGCAAGAGUUGGUCUAUAUCUUCCCUAGCUGUACUGCAUUAUUGCACACAUCCUGGAGGGUUGAGAUCCGAAGGGAACAUCCUUGGGGUAUUUGAUCAAUCAAGAUUAUUGCUCUUCCCAGUAGCAAGGGACAACGGAAACAUUUUGAGGCAAACUGCUACAUUCAUUUUGUGCAUAAUCUUGUGAUCAUAAAUUGCUAAUAAGGGAACUGGAAUUUUGGAAUGUGAUUCAGUGUUACUGAAUCAGGUAAAAUGGCUUCUUUAUAUUAUUAUGUUCAUAGUUGUUAGGGAUAUGCUUUUAACAUAUUAGUUUGUUCGUAGAGUCUUUUCUUUGCACAUGAAUUUUGUUCGUAAUUUGAUAACAUGACUGCUAUUAGUUUCAAAUUGUUUUACCAUGUU